CUGAGGACCAUUCUGUGUUGAAUGAUCGAAUGUGUUGGUGCUGUGGAACAGACGUGUGCAGCGAUUCAAAGGCAGUCUCACUUCAGAACGGAUUACGCGGAGGAUUUUCCAACCGAGGGAAAUUGGAUGUAAGCGUGGAUAUAAUUGUAUGUACAGGAUAAGAUGUAAUUAUGCUUUGGAUGUCUUGUACAGUCUAUGACUUUUGUACAACCAGAGGCUCUGUACACAGGUAGGCUGUGUACAGUGUACAGCAGAUCCCAGCAGUGCACCUGUCUGCAAGAAAGUAGUAGCUGUUUUCUUUCUUCGUGCCCAUGAUUUGUACAUGAAUGAUUGUGGAAUACAACAUUUAUACCCUGUAUGUGAAGUGAUGAUCUUGUGACAGUACCUGGAGACAGUCGAGGGAUACUGAGAGUCGAAAGAAAGUGAUGUGCAACCCUUCUUCUAUUUUUGAUGUCCGCAGCAAGCACUUAAGAAACCUGACUACGCCAAGUGUCUGUGGUUGUCUUGGAUUGUCAUCGGAUAAAUUAUCACAUUUAAAAAUGAGCUGCACUUCCUUCAUGUGGUAACUUUGUAGAACAUUCCAUUAGUAGUCUUAACAACUCAGCUGAGCCAGUUUCCAGAAACGCUCAUGCAUCAUAGCGAUCAUCAGGAUGGUAAACACAGCUCUGCCGGGCUAACCAAGUUCCCAUGUCGGCGUACAGAGAACAGCUUCAUGAAGCAACCAAUCCAGGAACUACUAUUAUGAAAUCAGACACCUGAAAGGCUGUACAUAUUUCUACAGGUGUAAUAUAUCGGAGAGGAUUUAUUUUGUAUCAAGUUUUAAGUAAGAUAGAAACAAUGACUUUGACAUUGAAGAUGAAUAUGAGAGAGUGGAUCCUGCUGACGUGUGUGUUUCUACAGAGUUUGCUUGCGGUGAUAGCACGACUGGAUUUACCAACAUGUCGUACACCGCUAGGAAUGAACAGUAAGGAGAUAACAGAUGAUCAACUCCAGGCAAGCUCUGUAUACGGGAAUGAUGACCUCACUUUCGGACCUCAGAAUGCAAGGUUAAACUUAGAUGAGGGUGCUGGGGCAUGGUGUCCAGUGAGUGCCAAGCCAGAAGCCGAUGGACACUAUGAGUAUCUACAGAUCAACUUCCGCAACAUCAGCGUGGUCACAGCAGUGUCCAUCCAGGGUAGAUGGUACGAUGGUGAAGGGCGAGAGUUCACCAGGAACUUCCGCCUGGAGUACUCCAGAGACGAUCGCUGGGUGAGGUAUCGGAAUAUGGAACAGCAACAGAUAUUUGAUGGGACACGAGACACGUUCUCCAUCCAGACAGUUCAUAUCCACCCACCAAUCAUUGCCAUGCAACUAAGACUGGUGCCUUGGGUAGAGAACUCCACGCCAGUUUGCAUGCGAAUAGAGCUUUAUGGCUGUCUAUGGGAAGAUCAUCUUAUUAACUACAACAUGGUGGAACCAGACAUUAGAGGAGAUUAUGCCUUUGAGGAUGACUUUUACGAUGGAUUCUUUGAUGGCGCUCGACUCAUCAAGGGCCUUGGCCAGCUCACUGAUGGCAUUAUAGGCCACUCCAACUAUCGCCUCAGCCCAUCCAACCUGGAUCAGGCCCACGAGUGGGUGGGCUGGCGCAACACAACCCAUCUGAACCCAGUGAUAGAGUUCAAAUUCGACAGUGUGCGAAAUUUCACCAGCCUCCAGUUCCACACCAACAACUUCUUUACCAAGGACGUGGAGACGUACAAGUCGGUGGAAGUCUUCUUUGGGAUGGAGGAAGGACUGUACUCAACGAGGACGAUAAACUGGAAUGUACGACAAGACCUCAUUCAUGACGACGCCCGCUGGGUGACUGUUAAUCUCCAGAACAGGCUGGCGAGGUAUAUCAAAUGUCGACUGAGACAUCGGAAUAAGUGGAUACUCAUCAGCGAAGUGUCUUUUGCAUCAGAAGACGUAUCGAGAUAUGAGGAAGUUGCAAAAAAUCCUGUAGAUAACUAUGUACAACCUCCCCUGACGCAAAUCCCAGCCUUGUCUCCGUCCUCCACCCCAGUGGAGCAUGAACCGGUCCUAACUGUCAAACCAUCGGGGGAGCCAGAUAUCACUAGAAUUGUCAUCGGUGCUACUAGUUCAGCUGAACCACCUACUGAUGAAACCCCAGGCCUACCGCUAUCUAACAACAGCACCAUCAUCGCUGUUAUCGUCAUAGUCCUCCUACUACUGCUCAUCCUGGUCGGCAUCUGUUUGUACUUUUACCGUCGCAAGUACCUCAAACUCAAGCACAGUGUGCCUGCGGUCUUCUUCGACAGCAAUGGCAACGGGAGCAUCGUGAAUAACUCACGGGCGGUGACCAUGCCGAGUCGGAGGAUGAACCCAACGUACCAGAUUGCCCAUCCCGAUGACGAACCGCAAUAUCACGUUAUCGAUAACAUGCAGGACAGUGAUGACGCAGAAAGCGCCCGAAUCUACGCCGAGCCGGAGACCAUGGGUUCCACCCUCAAGAAGGGAAGCAAGUGUGACACUCUAGCCCACUACGCCGAGACAGACCUGGUGAACAUCCAGGGGGUGUCUGGGAACACCAUAUACGGGGUACCGAGCCAGGCCAUGGAGAAAUUGAACAAUAACCGCUCUCCUGUUCCGGAGUUUCCCAGGGAGAAACUGAAAUUUUUGGAGCUGUUGGGUGAAGGAAUGUUUGGUGAGGUACAUCUUUGCGAAGCUGAGGAUGUCCAUGACUACAUCCGUAACGGUUUCCCCUUCCAGAACAAAAACAAAGGAGAAAAGACGUUAGUUGCGGUCAAGAUGCUGAGAAAAGAUGCCAACAAGAAUGCCAGAACGGACUUCAUGAAGGAGAUGAAGAUUAUGUCACAGCUUCGAGAUCCCAACAUCGUCCGCCUCUUAGCUGCCUGUACGGAGGAUGAGCCGCUGUGCAUGGUGGUAGAAUACAUGGAAAGUGGUGACCUCAAUCAGUACUUAUUUGAAUCCGAGGCUCAGUGGGCCGUGGCCCCAACUGGAGCUACAAAUGUCAGAGUUGUCACACUUGGAGCUCUGAUCUACAUGGCAACGCAGAUAGCCUCCGGCAUGAAAUUCCUCUCCUCACUAAACUUUGUCCAUCGCGACCUGGCCACGCGCAACUGCCUCGUGGGCCGUGCCUUCACAAUACGCAUCGCCGACUUCGGGAUGAGCAGGAACCUGUACUCUGGAAACUACUACAGGAUAGAGGGAAGAGCCGUGCUACCAAUCCGAUGGAUGGCGUGGGAGAGUAUACUCAUGGGUAAGUUCACCAACAAGACAGACAUGUGGGCCUUUGGGGUCACCCUGUGGGAGAUAAUGACACUGUGUAAGGAGCAGCCGUACUACCAGCUCAGAGAUGAGCAAGUGAUUGAGAACAGCGGCAAAUUUUUUGAGAAGAACGGCAGCCCAACGAUGCUCGCAAAGCCUUCACAUUGUCCCAAGGAUAUUUACGAUGUCAUGCUGCGAUGCUGGCGACGGGAACCAUCCGACAGACCUUCCUUCCAGUACAUCUUCACAUUGCUGCAGGCCAAGAAUCUCGGCUACGAGCCACCGGUACCCGUCUAGAUACCAGAGCCGCAAGUACUACACAUAGAAGUCUCGCAUUCUCAACGGUAACCAAAGCCUCUCGUUCUAGAGCAGCCUGGUUAAAAAGUGAUCUAUGCCUUUAUUUUGAAAACCCUGUUGUCGGCUAUAAAUAGCUCCUCUCAGCAGUGUUGGAAUGGGUAUUAUAAACCUUCUACUCUUGGUGAUAUUUUCCGAUGAGUUCAUCGUCCGUUUGAAACUGUUUAACUGCAGGGGACAUGUAGGGUGGCACAGCUGUGCACUGACCUAAUCGUGUACUGCUUCUAUGCAUUCACUUCUUGAUAUCGUAUUGCAGGUUUGCAUGGUUUAUCUAUCAUCCAAAACCACACUGGAUGAUAUUGAAUGGUCAGACAGUAGGAGGGUCAACUGUGUAGAUGCAUUCACUUCAUGAUAUCAUAUUGCAGAA